GAUUUUCAUCCCUAAAUUAGUUGAGAUUAGGUCCUCCAAUCCAAUGAUGCCAACCUCUCUCUCUAUAUCAUUUCAUUUCACUAAUUUCCCAUUAAUUCCAACAUCACGCAAAACUAUGAGGUUCGAUUUCAUCCCCAACUCAGUUCUCCAAAGGCUGCCCGUGCUGCUCUACGCUGCCACGUGGACGACUAUCCUCACCGUGACGGUGGCCGUGGCGUCCUUCACCCCGGAGAUGGCGUUUGUUUCUGCCGUCAAUCCAACCUCUUCUUUAUCGCUGGCGUGCGCCGCCUCCGUUAGGCUACCGUUAGAUGUUCCGUCCCACAAUUUCUGCUUCCCGCCUUCGCUUUUCAAGCGGUCGGGAAUCGACAUAUUUGUGCCGCCAAUCUUCGCAGCUGCCAUCGUAGCUUCCUCGGCUUGUGUUGUUAAAGCUAUGGGAUUAUGGGAGGCUGAAGAUAACCACAUCUGAUUUUUCGCUUCAUUUUUUUAUUUUUUCACAGAUUGAUUGUGUUCACUUCAUUUUUUAUAAUGUUUUUCCCACUUAUUCUUUUAGUA